ACGGCGCGGAACGCAGGCGCAGAGAAGGAUAGGGGGGCGGGGCGACCAGCCCGAGAGGCCGAAGGCGAGGACUCGCUGCCGCAGGAAGAUGGCGGAGCUGCGCGCGCUCGUGGCUGUCAAGAGGGUCAUCGACUUCGCAGUGAAGAUCCGGGUGAAGCCCGACAGGACAGGUGUGGUCACUGAUGGCGUGAAGCACUCCAUGAACCCCUUCUGCGAGAUUGCCAUGGAAGAGGCUGUGCGGCUCAAGGAGAAGAAGCUGGUGAAGGAAGUCAUUGCCGUCAGCUGUGGGCCCGCCCAGUGCCAGGAGACCAUCCGCACUGCUCUGGCCAUGGGUGCAGACCGAGGCAUCCACGUGGAGGUGCCGGCUGCAGAGGCAGACUGCCUGGGUCCCCUGCAGGUGGCCCGGGUCCUGGCCAAGCUGGCAGAGAAGGAGAAGGUGGACCUGGUGCUGCUGGGCAAGCAGGUAGGUGUGCCCCGACCCUGCCCCACGCUCCCCCAUGGCUGCCCGGGGGUGGGGAGGGCGUGA